CAAGAAAUGCAAAUUUAGAAAGGGAUUUGCCAGAUAAAGAAGAUGGGAGCCAACAGCAGCAGCAUCAGUGAGCUUCCAGAAAAUGAGUACUUGAAAAAGUUAUCAGGAGCAGAGCCCAUCUCUGAGAAUGACCCAUUCUGGAAUCAGCUGCUCUCCUUCAGCUUUACCACCCCAACCAACAGUGCUGACUUAAAGCUCCUGGAAGAAGCCACAAUCUCAGUCUGCAAGUCUUUAGUUGAGAAGAAUCCUCGAACAGGAAACCUUGGGUCCUUGAUUAAAGUCUUUCUUUCAAGAACCAAAGAGUUAAAAAUCUCAGCAGAAUGUCAGAAUCACCUCUUCAUCUGGCAGGCUCACAAUGCACUGUUCAUUAUUUGCUGUUUGCUGAAGGUCUUCAUCAGUCAGAUGUCAGAAGAGGAGCUGCAGCUUCACUUCACUUAUGAAGAGAAAGGUCCAGGCUCAUAUGGAACAGAGUGUGAAGACCUCAUAGAAGAGUUGCUGUGUUGCCUGAUCCAGCUCAUUGUUGAAAUUCCCCUCUUAGAUAUCACAUACAGCAUUUCCUUGGAAGCUGUGACCACUCUCAUUGUCUUCCUCUCCUGCCAGUUAUUCCACAAGGAAAUUCUACGGGAGAGCAUCAUUCACAAGUACCUGAUGCACGGUCGAUGUCUCCCAUACACCAGCAGACUUGUGAAGACUUUACUCUAUAAUUUCAUUAGGCAAGAAAGAAGCCCUCCUCCAGGGAGCCAUGUCUUUCAGCAGCAAACAGAUGGAGGAGGACUGCUUUAUGGAAUUGCAUCUGGGGUGGCAACUGGCCUGUGGACAGUCUUCACGCUCGGUGGAGUGGGCAGUAAACCAACACCUCAGCUGGAGCAGUGCUCCCCUCUUGCCAACCAGAGUCUCCUGCUCCUGCUGGUCUUGGCUAAUCUGACUGAUGCUCCAGAUACACCAAAUCCCUACAGACAAGCUAUUAUGUCCUUCAAGAACACACAAGAUAGCUCUGCUUUCUCCUCAUCAAAUCCCCACGCUUUCCAGAUUAAUUUUAACAGUUUAUACACAACUCUGUGUGAGCAGCAGAAAUCUGAUCAAGCAACUCUUCUGUUGUACAUGCUCCUACAUCAAAAUGGCAACGUCCGGACCUACGUGUUGGCACGAACCGACAUAGAAAACCUUGUUCUGCCAAUUCUGGAAAUCCUGUAUCACGUCGAAGAAAGGAAUUCCCACCAUGUUUACAUGGCUCUGAUCAUCCUGCUAAUCCUGACUGAGGAUGAUGGUUUCAAUCGGUCCAUUCAUGAAGUGGUAUUGAAAAAUAUCACUUGGUAUGCUGAACGUGUCUUAACUGAGAUCUCACUUGGGAGUCUCCUGAUAUUAGUGGUGAUAAGAACCAUCCAGUACAACAUGACACGGACCAGGGACAAAUACCUUCACACCAAUUGUCUGGCAGCCUUAGCAAACAUGUCAGCACAGUUCCGCUCACUUCACCAGUAUGCUGCUCAGAGGAUCAUCAGUUUAUUUUCUUUGCUGUCUAAAAAACACAACAAAGUUCUGGAGCAAGCCACACAGUCCUUGAGAGGUUCCUUGGGUUCAAAUGACUCUCCCCUUCCUGAUUAUGCACAAGACCUGAAUGUGAUUGAGGAAGUCAUCCGCAUGAUGUUGGAGAUCAUCAACUCCUGCUUGGCCAACUCUCUUCACCACAACCCCAACCUGGUCUACGCGCUGCUCUACAAGCGGGAUCUGUUUGAGCAGUUUCGGACUCAUCCUUCCUUCCAGGACAUCAUGCAAAAUAUAGAUCUGGUGAUCAGCUUCUUCAGCUCCCGAUUGGAACAAGCUGGAGCUGAGCUGUCGGUGGAGAGAGUCCUGGAAAUCAUCAAGCAAGGAGCUGUUGCUUUGCCCAAAGACAGACUAAGAAAGUUCCCCGAGCUGAAGUUCAAGUACGUGGAGGAGGAGCAGCCUGAGGAGUUCUUCAUCCCCUACAUUUGGUCCUUGGUCUACAACUCUGCCGUGGCCCUGUACUGGAACCCUCAUGACAUCCAGCUCUUUACCAUGGACUCUGGUUGA